AUGGAGGGAAAUCAGGUGGUGCAACAGAAAAUGACUCCUCUAGCUCGGGAGCUUACAAGGACAUUUAACAGCUACAACAGGCACACCGUCCAGCUGAAGAGGAACCUGAAGGAGACCAAUGCUUUCUUCAGAGAGAUCAGACAAAACUACAGCAAUGCGUGUGCAUCCACGAUGAGCUCGGAGUCAGCUUCUCUGGAGGCAGGCCAGUUUAGCUGCAUCUCUUUCCCCAGCCAUGAGGAAGAGUUCCUACGCAACACUGUGGGCGCUGCCCCGUACAUCCUGGUACUAGGCCAGGACUGCGCUGCCCGCUACCAGCUGCUCAACUGCCUUCUGGGGGAGAGGCUGCUGCCACUGGGCCCUGAGGCCGGAGAGGCUUGUGAAGGACACCAGGGCAUUGUCUGCAAGAAGCGGAAGCUGUGUUUCACCCACGGGAGACAGACACGGCUAAGCUUGGCACUGCCUGGCCAAUACGAGCUGGUGCACCAGCUUGCGGCUAACUGUGGCCGCUGGGAUACGGUGCCCCGGGAAGACCUGGAGAUACACGAGGAAUGUGAGGACCCGGCUCACAGGCUAGCAGAGCUGGAGAUCACCCUGCAUCACCCACUACUACAGGAAGCAAAGGUCAUGGUCGUGCCUUGUCCGAGCGUCCAGCCCAUAGAAGAAGCUCUGGAAGACUGCACUCGAAACGUGAUCCCUAUCAUACUCUACGCCAUCAACCAGGACUCCCUAAGCACAGAGCAGGCGGCUGAGCUCUGGAAGGUCAAAGAGAUGCUCUCCUUUCCCAUCUGUUUCAUACGUAUCCCUGACACCAUGCCAACAGCCUCCCCAGAACCUGGACGCCGUGCGGAGAAGGAGCGGGAGCGGGAGAGGGAGAGGGAGAAGAGCGCCCUCCACAAGCAGCUCCUCUCCCUCGGCCUCCUCGGCAGCCCGACAGGAAACUGCUCCUGUGGCGCCCCUACACAGAUGCCCACCCCGGGUGCCAAGCCCCAGAGCAUGCUGGGGGAGGCCUUUGAAAGACUGCAUCGGUUGGUGGUGCCUUUUGCUCGUCAAGUGCUUCAAAAUCAGCAGGUGGAGGCUGCCAACCUGCUUAAUGGGCUUCAUUGUCGCUGCCUAGAUCUCUUCAUAAAUCAGGCCUUUGACAUGCAGAGGGACCUGCAGAUAACACCACGCAGGCUGGAGUACACUCGUGAGAAAGAGGGUGAACUCUUCACCUCCCUCAUGGCCAUCGCUAACCGCAAACAGGAAGAGAUGAAGGAGAUGAUUGUGGAGACGCUCAGCAGCAUGAAGGAGCAGCUGCUGGAGGACGCUGCCAACCUGGAGUUUACAGACAUCAUCGUAACAACUAACGGAGACCCGGUUACGUCGAAGGAGAUUAAAUCUUGCAUCCACCAGAUCCAGGAGCUGAUAGUGGUUCGUUUGAAUCAGGCCGUGGCGAAUAAGCUGAUCAGCUCUGUGGACUAUCUAAGGGAGAGCUUCGUAGGAACUCUGGAGCGAUGUCUCAACAGUCUGGAGAAGUCCCACAUUGACUAUUCUGUCCACAAUAUCACUUCCAAUCACCUCAAACAGUUAUUAAAUGCUGCCUAUCACGUGGAGGUCACCUUUCAUUCAGGAUCAUCUGUCACGAGACUCUUCUGGGAGCAAAUCAAACAGAUCAUCCACAGGAUAACAUUCGUGAACCCUCCCGCCAUCACGCCAGAGUGGAAGCGGAAAGUGGCCCAGGACGCCAUAGAAAGUCUCAGUGCUGCUAAACUGGCCCGAAGCAUCUGCUCCCAGUUCAGAACCCGCCUCAACAGCUCCCAUGAGGCCUUUGCAGCAUCUCUGCGCCAGCUCGAGGAAGGGCACACUGGCCGACUGGAGCGCACUGAAGACCUGUGGCUGCGUGUGAGGAAGGACCACGCCCCUCGCCUGGCUCGACUGUCUUUGGAGAGCCGCUCCCUCAGGGAUGUGCUACUGCAUGGCAAGCCGAAGCUCGGGAGAGAGUUGGGUCGUGGCCAGUACGGAGUCGUGUACUUGUGUGACAGCUGGGGAGGACGCUACCCGUGUGCAUUAAAGUCUGUGGUACCGCCUGACGACAAACACUGGAACGAUCUGGCUUUGGAGUUUCACUACACGAGGACUCUGCCCAAGCACGAGCGUCUCGUCGAUCUGCACGGCUCCGUGAUCGAUCACACCUAUGGAGACGGGUCCAGCAUCGCUGUGCUGCUCAUCAUGGAGCGGCUGCACAGAGACCUCUACACAGGCCUCAAGGCCGGUUUAUCGCUGAGGGAGAGACUUCAGAUCGCCCUGGAUGUGGUGGAGGGGAUUCGCUUCCUGCACAGUCAGGGCCUCUUGCACAGAGACAUAAAGCUAAAGAACGUCCUGUUGGACAAACAAAACCGAGCAAAGAUCACUGACCUGGGCUUCUGUAAACCAGAGGCCAUGAUGUCUGGCAGCAUUGUCGGUACCCCGAUUCACAUGGCUCCAGAGCUGUUUACAGGAAAAUAUGAUAACUCCGUUGAUGUCUACGCCUUUGGGAUCCUUUUCUGGUACCUCUGCACUGGUUCAGUGAAACUCCCAGAAGCCUUUGAGAAAUGCUCCAGUAAGGACCAGCUCUGGAAUAACGUUAAAAAAGGAGCCAGACCCGAGCGGUUGCCCGGUUUCGAUGAGGAAUGCUGGCAGCUGAUGGAGGCCUGCUGGAACGGGGACCCUUCCCAGAGGCCCCUGCUCGGUAUUGUAGAGCCCAGUUUGCAAAGCAUCAUGGUGCGGCUCUGUAACUGCGGCUCAGAACAGAAAAGCAGCAGCAGCCUCGAGGACUCAAACUGAAAAACACUCCAGACAAACUAACACGCGUGUGAUCAGGAAAGUAUUUUGUAUUUAUGAGGAAGUGACCAUUGAAUAAUGUCCGAGCUGUCCUCCGUGUUCACGGUUGUUGGAUUUACAUUAUUUAUGAGGAGUUUGACAGGAAGUUUGCGUAUGUGUGUUUUAUUGUUGGUUCAUUGUGUAUUUGUAUACAAACUCUACAGCAUGCUUUCAUUAUAGCUGCCGUGCUAAUUGCUACUUGGUCAUAGGAUUGUUACUAGAUGCAAAUUGUUUUAAAAAAUAUCCCAUUCCCAGUAUUAUGAAAAAAUAUAAAUAUAUAAAAGAUUAAUUUUAGAUUGUAUUUAAACUGAACAUGUCUGCAUCGAUACAAAUACAUCUUUUUUUUAAUAAAAUGAUCUGUUACAACAAA